AUGGAAGUAAAAGUCAGGAUACACAGGUUUCUGGAGAAGACUAAAAGAAAGAAUGCAUUAAAUAAUAGUCCAGAAAAUGGAUCUGAUCCUGUAGCUAAAUCACAGGAGAAAUUAAGAAAGAAAGUUACUACCUUGAUGAAAAAGCAAAAGGUGCAACAAGUAAGAGGAAUAGUAAAGGAACAGGAUGAUACAAAGCCAUGGGGCCAGGAUGCUCAAGUCAAGGUAGGCUGCCGUUUGAUUCAAUUGUUGUUAGAAAAAGCCUAUAUUCAACCUCCAAUUGAUCAAAUUGAUGAUGGUCCACCUGAUAUUCGCCCUGCAUUCAUACACACCCUGCAAACAGUUGAAACACAGAGAGGCAGCCGGAGAUAUGGGGUCAUUCAGUGUGACCCUCUAGUUCGCAAAGGCCUGGAGAAAACUGUCAGGAUACACAGGUUUCUGGAGAAGACUAAAAGAAAGAAUGCAUUAAAUAAUAGUCCAGAAAAUGGAUCUGAUCCUGUAGCUAAAUCACAGGAGAAAUUAAGAAAGAAAGUUACUACCUUGAUGAAAAAGCAAAAGGUGCAACAAGUAAGAGGAAUAGUAAAGGAACAGGAUGAUACAAAGCCAUGGGGCCAGGAUGCUCAAGUCAAGGUAGGCUGCCGUUUGAUUCAAUUGUUGUUAGAAAAAGCCUAUAUUCAACCUCCAAUUGAUCAAAUAGAUGAUGGUCCACCUGAUAUUCGCCCUGCAUUCAUACACACCCUGCAAACAGUCGAAACACAGAGAGGCAGCCGGAGAUAUGGGGUCAUUCAGUGUGACCCUCUAGUUCGCAAAGGCCUGGAGAAAACUGCUAGGCACAUGGUGAUUCCAUAUAUGCCAAUGUUGAUUCCUCCACUGAACUGGACAGGGUAUGGUGCUCUGGGUUUAGUAUUUUCAGGGUAUGGUGCUCUGGGUUUAGUAUUUUCAGAGAGCUUAUUUAUUUUCUUCUUUUUUGUUAAUCAGGUCAGGAUACACAGGUUUCUGGAGAAGACUAAAAGAAAGAAUGCAUUAAAUAAUAGUCCAGAAAAUGGAUCUGAUCCUGUAGCUAAAUCACAGGAGAAAUUAAGAAAGAAAGUUACUACCUUGAUGAAAAAGCAAAAGGUGCAACAAGUAAGAGGAAUAGUAAAGGAACAGGAUGAUACAAAGCCAUGGGGCCAGGAUGCUCAAGUCAAGGUAGGCUGCCGUUUGAUUCAAUUGUUGUUAGAAAAAGCCUAUAUUCAACCUCCAAUUGAUCAAAUAGAUGAUGGUCCACCUGAUAUUCGCCCUGCAUUCAUACACACCCUGCAAACAGUCGAAACACAGAGAGGCAGCCGGAGAUAUGGGGUCAUUCAGUGUGACCCUCUAGUUCGCAAAGGCCUGGAGAAAACUGCUAGGCACAUGGUGAUUCCAUAUAUGCCAAUGUUGAUUCCUCCACUGAACUGGACAGGGUAUGAUAGAGGAGCAUAUUUAUUUUUACCAUCCUUUGUUAUGCGCACACAUGGAGCAAAACAACAGCGUGAUGCAGUUAAAAGAGUUCCGAAGAAGCAAUUAGAACCUGUUUUUGAGGCGCUUAAUACACUAGGCAUUACCAAAUGGAGGGUAAAUAAAAGGGUACUUGGUGUCGUAGACAGAAUUUGGGCCAGUGGAGGUCGUCUUGCAGACUUGGUCGACUGUGAAGAUGUUCCUUUACCUGAGGAACCAGACACUGAUGAUGAAGCACAAAUUAGAAAAUGGAAGUGGAAAGUUAAAGCGGCCAAAAAAGAGAAUAGUGAGAGGCAUUCACAGCGGUGUGAUAUAGAACUUAAGCUUGCUGUAAGAAGCAUUCUUAUCCAAAUUACUGCAGCACUGUUAAACAUGAUGAGGAUCACGCAUUAA